ACUUAAAAGCCCAUAAUGAGCUUAUGGGCCUAUCUCUCAAUACCUAAUGAGGCCCAUUCAAGUUAUCAAAUUGGUCCUCACUGUAGUUCUCUCAGCUUCCAUUUCCUCCCUAGAAACUCCACACUCAGAGACACUCGCUUCCAAAAUCUUGAAAUGUUGAGACAAGCGCAACGAUUCCUCCUGACCCGAGCGUCGGCCUCCGCGACGAGGUCGACCCGUCCUUUCUCCACAGAUCUCCCGGCGGAGACGGCCGGCGACUCGAAGUUCAUUGACGCUUGGAAGAAAUUGAUCCCGAAUAUGGACCCACCGAAAACCCCUUCAGCAUACAUGGCGCCACGGCCCCCAACCCCUUCCACAAUUCCCUCGAAGCUUACAGUCAAUUUAGUUCUUCCUUAUGACUCUGUCUUAUCAGCCAAAGAGGUCGAUAUGGUCAUAGUCCCAGCAACUACUGGACAGAUGGGUGUUCUUCCCGGUCAUGUAGCGACAAUUGCAGAGCUGAAGCCUGGUAUUUUGUCUGUUCAUGAAGGCAACGAUGUAACCAAAUAUUUUCUGAGUGGAGGAUUCGCUUUUGUCCAUGCAAACUCUGUUGCGGAUAUAAUAGCCAUUGAGGCAACGCCCGUGGACCACAUUGACCUGAACUUGGUUCAGAAAGGUCUUGCAGAGUUCCAACAAAAGCUAAGCUCAGCAUCAACCGAUGUAGAGAAAGCUGAAGCGCAGAUUGGCGUAGACGUACACAGUGCUCUCAAUGCUGCUCUUACUGGUUAAAGACAUUUCGGCAACAUACAUAGUGAUUUUCUUGUCCAUCUUUGCUGUCUGCUUGAGUUGAAUCUUUUUGUGCCCAUUUACAGCAGUUGGUUUUCAGCUCAUUUUCGACAAACAUCUGAGUCCUAAUAUAGGAUUUCUUAAAUAAAUAUAUAAGACCAUUUCACCUUGGAUGUUUUUCUUGAA